CCCCUGCGCCUCCUACUCGUAGCUUUAGAAAGAGAGCGAGAGACUUCUUCUUCUUCUGCGAUGGAGAAAAGCGCCACCGUGGCGGCGGUGGCGAAGGACCACCUCGGCCUGGAGAUGGCGGAGCCGGCGGACUCCGCCACCGCCGCCGUGGCCACCACCCAGCGGCUCCCGUUCUUCGGACGCCGGCGAUCCGAGAACACGUGGGUGGUCUCGCUCUUCGUCGUCGUCCACCUCGUCGCCUUCUUCGUCACCAUGUUCGUCAACGACUGCCCCGGCCGCUCCGCUGGCGAUUGCGCCCUCCGGCCUCUCGGCCGCUUCUCCUUCCAGCCCUUCUUCGAGAACCCUCUCUUCGGCCCUUCCUCCUCCACGUUGGUUAAAGUGGGAGCUCUUCAACGGACUUUUGUAAUUCAACGACAUGAAAAAUGGCGGCUUAUGACAUGCCCAUGGUUGCAUGCUGGGGUUAUACAUCUGGUUCUGGAUGUUCUGAGUAUUAUUCUUUUAGGUGUUCACUUACAGCAGGAUUUUGGCCCUGCGAGGACUGGGAUGAUCUACCUACUCUCUGCUUUUCUAGGUAGUGUGGUAUCCUCAAUUUUUGUCCAGCAUGUUCCAGUUGCAGGGUCAUCUGCUGCUCUAUUUGGAUUCCUUGGUGCCACACUAUCCGGACUAAUUCGUAACUGGCACAUAUAUGCCAAUAAGUUGACUGGAAUAGCAGUGCUGUUAAUUGUUGCUUCUAUGAACUUCUCCUUGGGCUUGCUGCCACGUGUUGAUAACUAUGGAAACAUUGGAGGCUUCUUAUCAGGAAUUGUUCUUGGAUUUGCGCUUCUGUUUAAUCCUCAAUUGUCACAGUUGGAACGAAAGAAAGGCCUUUUUGACUAUGAUUUAAAUAAAACUGUUCAAUUGAGGCAAAAACUAGAUAGGCCAGCUUCAAGGAUUGUUGCUCUGGUCUUCUUUUUCACAAUUCUUGCUGGAGGGCUUGUAGCGGUAUUUCAUGGAGUAAAUGCAAGCGAGCAUUGCGGCUGGUGUCAUUAUAUAAACUGUGUACCCACCAAAUUGUGGAGCUGCAACGAGCGAGCAAUCCUUGUGAGGUGAUGGUGAGCAACAGCCGGCUGACAAUAAUGUGCAUGGCCGGUGGCAAGUUCCGAACAUAUCCUCUUGCCGACAUCUCACGGGAGAGGACUGGAGACCUGUGCAGUCUCAUCUGUUCCUGAGAGUCUGUGUACUCUUGGAGAUGAACUUUGUAUUUUGUUCCAUGAACGGUGAGGAUUGGGUUUCGGGAGGUUUGUUGAGGGCUGAGCCCUUCCUGUUCUUCUAUACUUCGAUGUAACAUGAUGGGCUUCCUGUCGACUUGUGCAUUUUCUUGUAUGAGUACGAAAUGAGGGUUUCAAACGGAGAAAGAAAUUUCUUUGGUAUAAAUCAACACUAUGUUUUAAACGAAUAUAUAUUGUUUCCUUCCUUCCA